UUAAGUCCGAUUCCCGUUUUUUACUACAACGGUACGAAAUGCAAAAGAAACGUUACUUUACAAGCAGCACUCACCUUUAAAGAUACAGCACAGGAGCAGAGUUUCUAAAAAAAAGGGCAAGCGCAAGACGAUGAAGAUGAUGAUGAGGAGGGCUUUCACCACCUGCUUCACUUCAAACACUCUUCUUCCAUUCCCAAGACUAGCACAGGGGCAGAGUUUCUAAAAAAAAGGGCAAGCGCAAGACGAUGAAGAUGAUGAUGAGGAGGGCUUUCACCACCUGCUUCACUUCAAACACUCUUCUUCCAUCCCCAAGACUAGGUACGAAUACUAUUACUACGACUCCUUGCUCUCGUGUUAUUGCAUUCACUUUCUCAAUCCCCCACUUGCCCUAACCCUAAUCACAUACCCAAUCAUCUUACAAAGCUUCAACAAUUACUGUUGGAGAAAUCUAGAGUUGGUUUUGAUAAGCCUGAUGAUGCUCUUCUAUUGUUUGAUAAAAUGCUCCGUAUGAGACCUCUUCCUACAGUCAUCAACUUUACUCAACUCUUGUCCGCCCUUGUCAAGAUGAAACAUUACUCCGUGGCUGUCUCCGUCUUUUCAAAGAUGUGCACUUUUAACAUUGCGGUUGAUAUAGUUACUUAUAGUACUGUCAUCAACUGUUGUUGCCAUUUGAAGCACGUUGAUUAUGCCUUUGCGCUGUUGGCUGCCAUCUUUAAGCGUGGUUUUGUCCCGAAUGUUGUUACCUACACAACUCUUCUCAGGGGACUCAUUUCCCAGGACAAGUUUCUCGAGGCUGAGCUUAUGUUCAAGAACCUUCUCAAGCACAAUCAGAUUCAGCCUGAUGCAGCUAUCUUUAACACCAUUAUUAAUGGCCAGUGCAAAACAGGCAACACUUCCCAGGCUAUGAUGUUGCUUAGAUACAUGGAGAAGAAAGGUUGUAUGCCGGAUGUAGUAACUUACAACACUGUUAUUGAUAGUUUGUCCAAAGACAGAUUAGUUGAUGAAGCUCUGGGUCUUCUUGCCGAAAUGAGUAACAAAAGCAUUCAACCAAGUGUUGUAUCCUAUAACUCAUUAAUUCAUGGUAUGUGCAACCUUAACCGAUGGGAAGAUAUAACACUAUUGUUAAAAGAUAUGGACAAACACAAAAUUUCUCCAAAUAAGCAUACUUAUAAUAUAUUGGCUGAUGCACAUGCCAGAGAUGGAAAUGUCAAAGAUGCUCAAGUUCUGAUAGACUUAAUGAUUCGAAGAGGCCAAACUCCGGAUGUAGUCACAUAUAAUACGGUAAUGGAUGGAUAUUGCUUGAGAGGAGAAUUGGGUAAAGCGUUAGCAGUGCUCAGAACCAUGACAAGUAAGGGGAUUUUGCCCAACACUCGUACUUAUAAUAUAUUGAUUAAUGGUUAUUGUAAGAAGAUGAAAGUAGACACAGCAAUACAUAUCUUAGAAGAAAUGCCAAGGGCAGGGUUAACACCUACAGUUGAAACGUACAAUACUAUUUUGGAUGGGUUAUUUCGUACGCGUAGGCUUGAUGAAGCACAUAAGUUUUAUAAGAAGAUGUUAAACCAAGGUGUCAAACUGAAUGUAGUGACAUGCAGGAUCUUGUUGCGUGGACUUUGCUGGAAUGGACUUGUUGAUGAAGCAAUGACCAUGUUUCACAAUAUGGAGUCAUGUGGCUUAGUUCCUGACAUAUGCGCUUAUAACAUUCUGAUUCAUGGAUUGUUCAAGGACGGCAAAGUUGAUGAAGCAAGAAACCUUUAUCAUAAUCUUCUUUUGAAGGGUUUACAGCCUGAUGUCAUAUCCUACAACAUUAUGAUACAAGGAUUCUGUCAUGAAGGGUUGCUGGAAGAAGCAUAUAAAACACUUUUGGAAAUGGAAGAGCACAAUUGCUUGCCUAAUGAGGUUACCUACAACACUCUUAUCCGCGGCUGCUUUAAGAAUAAGAUGUAUGAUGGAGGUUGUGUGCUUAUAGAUGAGAUGGUUGCUCAUGGUUUUAAAGCAGAUACCUCUACCGCCUCCAUGCUAUUCGAUUUGCUGCAAUUAAAAGAGCAGGACCCUGCGCUCCUUGCUUUGCAGAAGAAGUUCAUGCCUUGACUACAUCAAUGAGAGUUUUAUUAGGGUACAAAAUACUUUAAAUUGCCAAAACGUUGUACUAAUUUGCUGCAAUAUUUUAUUUCAAUAGCAAUUGUGAUAUCGGAGUUAAUAUAUGUAAUUUUAUUGUCCAUCAAAUUCGAAA